UGCUCAGUCACUGUGUAAGUGUAAGUGGUGAAGCUUUGUGAGACGUCUCUCUGGGGGCACCUGACUUUCUGUGACCCCUGGUGACCCUUGGUGACAUCCAGUGACAUUUGGUGACCUUCACUGAUCUAGAUUGACCUCCAGUGAUGUUUGGUGACCUGCAGUGAUCUCGAAUGACCUCUGGUGGCCUCUGGAGACCCACAUUGACCUUGUUUUCCUGCUGAUACCUGGCAAUCUCUGUUGAGCUUGUCGACCAUUGGUGAACUCUGAUGACCCCCUCGGUGACCCUUGUUGACCUCUGUUAACACCCUGGUGACCUCUGUUGACCUCUGGUACCUCCAUUUACUCCUAGUGACCUCUGUUGACCCUGCAGUCAGUUAAUGGGUGUGGUCAGAGCCCAGAUGGCCCCAGCCCUGGCCAGCGAGGAGGAGGAGGGGGCAGGGCCGGGGGAGGGCCCCAAAGCCACCCAAAACGGCCAAUCCCAGGCGCAGCCCCAGCCCAGACCCCGCCUCCCACCCGGCCACCAAAGCCGAUUCGUCCAGAAAGACGGACACUGCAAUCUGGAGUUCGUGAACAUGGAGGGCAAAGGUCAGCGUUACCUGACAGACAUCUUCACCACCUGUGUGGACAUGCGCUGGCGUUGGAUGUUCCUCCUCUUCUCUGUCUCUUUCCUCAGCUCCUGGUCGCUCUUCGGCCUCACCUAUUGGCUGAUCGCCUCGGCCAAUGGAGACCUGGAAAGCUCUGCGGACCGACCGGGACGUGACCCCUGCUUCCUGCACGUCCGCACUUUCCUGGCCGCUUUCAUGUUCUCUCUGGAGACGCAAACGUCCAUCGGCUAUGGGGUGAGGACGGUCACGGAGUCAUGUCCACCGGCCGUCAUCACCGUGGCUCUGCAGUGCAUUGCUGGCUGUGCUCUGGAUGCCUUCCUAAUCGGGGCCAUCAUGGCUAAGAUGGCUCGGCCCAAAAAACGCAACGAGACGCUCCAGUUCAGCCACCACGCCGUGAUCACCCAGCGGGACAGGAAGCUGUGCCUCAUGUGGCGAGUGGGCAAUUUGAGGAGGAGCCAUUUGGUGGAGGCCCAUGUGCGCGCACAGCUUCUGCGUCCCCGGGUCACCUCGGAAGGCGAAGAUCUCCCGUUGCACCAAGAAGACAUCGACGUGGGUUUCGACCAGGGCACAGAUCGUGUCUUCCUAGUUUCCCCUCUCACCAUCGUACAUGAGAUAGAUGAGGACAGCCCUCUGUAUGAUCUGGGAGCUCGGGAUCUGGAAAUGGCUGAUUUCGAGAUCAUCGUCAUAUUGGAAGGAAUGGUUGAGGCCACGGCUAUGACAACCCAAUGUCGCGGGUCCUACAUUCCAACGGAGAUACUUUGGGGCUUCUGUUUCGAGCCUGUGCUGUUUGAGAAAGAUGGACAUUAUGAGGUUGACUACACCUACUUUGAGAGAGUUUAUCAGGUCCUCAGCACUCCCCUCUGUAGCGCAAGAGAGAUGGCAGAGCGCAAGUAUAUCAAUGAGCAGCCACCCGGAACCUUCUGUUACGAGAACGAGGUGGCUAUUUUGGACCAGGCUGGUCCUGAUUUGCUGGGCGAGGAAACUGCCAUCCAUUGCCCCCAAACUACGCCCAAUCUUGAACCCCAAAACGCCAAUAGUUGGCUUCAACAGGCCCUGACGUGAUUGGCCCCAUGGCAACCCAUCUCUCUCGCACCUCAAUCCAUCCACUGAUCCUCCAAGUCUCCAAUCAUCUCCCUCUCACACCUCAAACCAUCCCCGACUCCCGAAAGUCUUUCUCACUCUCUCACUUUGAAAUGAGAUCUCUUGUUUUGUAUCCCUGUGUGAAAUAAAUGUUUAUUUCUCUCUA